AUAAACUUCUUGUGUAUCAAUAAAACUGACAACAUUCAAAUUUCAGGUAAUAAUAAAUUGAAAAUGAGGAAAGUCUGCAAUUGAUUUACCUGUCAAAUAUCCAUCUAUUUCGAGGAACAGUUUUUUGCCGUGUUUUAGUGAAUUUCCAAUUUUGUGCGAUUCGAACGAACUUAUUUUAAAAAUUUGUAUGGACAGAUAGUAUUUUGAUUGUACUAUGGUUUUGUGUCAGGAGACACCUUCAAAUUCAAUGUAUCAGACUAGAACAUCACCCCCAGCUAACUACAAUUUCGGACAUUUUCCAGGAUACGUUGGACAAAAUGGACAUUAUGCUGCUCAACCGCAUGGAUUUGAACAGUUUAACAUUGACCCAUCAUCGGCCUUUCAACAGGCUCAGUGUUAUCCUAUGUAUGGCCCAGGUAUGACGCGCCCAGAAGAAUGGAAUGGGACGGGAAAUAUGAACUAUUCGCCAAUGAACAAUGCAACUGGUACUGUCAGUCCGCAUUCCAUGAACGCUAUGUAUCAAUACAGGAACGAUUAUGUCCAGACUCACUGCGGCAAUGGAAACAUGAAUAAUAUGUCUACGUCACCACAGCCCACGGGGUCCCCUACUACAUCAACUGGGUCCAGUGGGAGCAAUGGCUCACCUUCCAACAAACAGAUAAGACCCCCGUAUGAUUGGAUGAAGAAAACCUCCUAUGUUCCAACGGGUCCACAACCAGGAAAGACCAGAACCAAAGAUAAAUAUCGGGUUGUUUACAGUGACCAUCAGCGUUUAGAACUGGAGAAAGAGUUCCAUUACAGUCGUUAUAUAACAAUUCGUCGAAAGGCCGAACUUGCUCAAAACCUAGGCUUGUCAGAGAGACAAGUUAAAAUAUGGUUUCAAAAUCGCAGAGCAAAAGAGCGGAAACAGAAUAAAAAAAGAGGUGAUGAUAUCAAAAUAGAAGAAUAUCACAAUGAAACUUCCGGUCACAUUCCCAACAUGCAGCACCAAGUUCACAGCUCACAGACACCCACAAUGCAGCAGGUUACAAUAAAACAAGAUCCUAUUGACGAUUAUCCGGGUCCUCACGUGACGAUGCAAAUACCAAUGUCCGAUCCAUCCGAUAAUCACGUGUCAACAUCUCCCAUUCAGACUCCUCAUCACAUGACAAGCUCAGUUUCGGACACUAUGACAAACAUUAAAGUAGACACCGGAGAACCUCCGAAUGUUAUUCAAUCAUAAAGAUAUUGUAUCAUAUUGAACGAAAUUUGCUAAAAUUCGAGCUCAGCUUCCAACAUCUUGCCAGAUUAUUUUCAUUUAACAAAGAUGGCUAUAUGUGCACAGAGAUUGAGUUUUGUUGCCAUGACAAGACUGAGAUUAAUUAGAAAUAUGAAGGGGAGACAAUUACAUGAAUAAUUGUAUAAAACAUUGUUAUGUUCUGUAAAUAAUAUUCUAUAUUAAAACAAUUAAUGUUAAAUUCAAUUUAAUAUUGAGAUCGACAAUAAUAAUAAAGAAAAUACACGAAAUACAAAUGUGUGAACAAUAAAUUUGCCAUAGAUAUGAAAACUGUCGCCCAGUCUUAUUUAAUUGUCAACAAGUUGUAUUUGUUUAUACACUAGAAGUAUAUCGAAUUUGUACAAGAGGUUCGAGUUGGAAAUUUAUUGUUUUAUUACCGGGUCUAAAUCUCUCCAGUUCAUCAAAAUUCUAUCUUUUAUUGCCCUCUUAAAACCGGAGAUAAGCUAGGAACACAUUUUAGAGUGCUAUUCCAACAUGACUUGGAGUAUUUAACAUAUUCCACAAGGCUCUGGGAUAUCACCCGACUUCUUUGCACGAUACGGCACUUUUGAUAGUUUGAUUUUAUGGUGUUUAUGUAAAUCGAUAUUACCUAAUUACAAAUUCUUACGAUAACAAUUCCCGAAGCAAAUGUAGGCUAAACUUUUUCGAUAAAAAUAGCAGAGAAAUAGGAAUAAAAGGAUACGCAACGAAAAAUGUCAGUGUUUUCAAGGAGCCUGUAAUUCAUUGGUUGUUCUUUGUUAAUUAUGUGAAGCCUGGGAUCCGGCCCAAUCUAGCUGCGCGUCGCAAGGAUUAGCCAGGACCCCAUGCAAAAUUAUGUGUUACAUACUUGUUUUCAGUUCAUUUUUGGUAUUUUGUUGUUAGUUUUCUCGUUUUAAUUGUUUUAAAUUUGUCAUUUCGGGGCCUUUUAUAGCCGACUAUGCAGUAUGGCCUUACUCAUUGCUGAAGGCUGUACAGUGACCUAUAGUUAUAAAUUUGAUCUCUUGAGAGUUGUCUCACUGGCAUUAUUUUUAUAUUGAUGCUGUAUACCAAAAUACUGGCGUCAUCAGGGAAUUGCAGAUAGAAUCACAAAAUGUCACGGUCCUGAAAUAGAUGACAAGCAAAAACAAACAUUUGUUAGAUAAGUAACAGAAUCGUGACUUCAUCAAAUUUAACAUUGCUUAUACUGGAUGCACAAAUAUAACUAAAAGUUUUGAAACAUAUGCUUAUAAGAACUUACUAACUGGGUAGUGUUUUCCAAUUUUCACUAAGGUAAGGUUGGUGUUUUUAAAAAAUCUAUUUCAAACGGGUGUAUUUUUUUUCUCAUUUUUUUCAACCGUCUACUGGGAGUUGUCAAGCAUUAUCCUUAUUGUCCAAUUCCAAGAAAAUCUCCCCUUUUAAACGCAAAACCAACCAAGCACUCGCUUGAUUUUAGAACAUCCAAAUACGAAAUAAAUGAUGAAUAUUGAUCUGUUUUAUAGAGUUCUUAUAUCAUUUCUCAUGUUAAGCUAUUACAGA